AUGGGAGCUUUGUCUGACCAUAAAGCCCCCCCAAUCCCCACUCUGAUGCAUGUGACCAUAGAGUCUCAAGGGCUGCCCACAAGCCUGACCCCAGGAUGGGACCAGGCUGGGAGUCACAUCUGGGGCGACAUGUAUGGAUACAGUCACGCUGAAUCAGCCCGUCCAGCACCUCAGAAGUCCCUGGGUUCAGUCAAUAACCCUCCUGAAGUGCUUCUGACCAUCCCCGCUCUGACCGCCACCGUUGGUUUUCCCUUCUCCUAUUUGAUCCCAGAAAACACGUUUGUGGACCCAGAGGAUGGAGCAGCUGAUUCCUUGUCUAUACAGAUGACGCUGAUCGAUCCGCCUCCUCCGAGCGUUGGCUCCUGGUUGUUUUUAGAUGGCCUUGAGUUACACGGGAUCCCGCUUGAAAUCGACACUCCCUUUGCCCCUCAGCAUGCCACCCUACUGUCCCGGGACAAAGGAGGCCUAACGAUUCUCUACUUCUGUCAGAGAACCACUGGAGUCGUAGCCAUUUUUCCUGCCAACCACACACUGUCAGAGUGGGGCAAGGAUUUGAGGGCACUGAGGCCGAGACGGGCUCCGCUACUGCAGCCUGAAAUCCCUCCGCCGCCGCUGCGUCUCUGGAUCGCUCUGAAUGAAGCGAACCAAAACUGGCAGCAACAGUCGGAUAUUGACAAACGACAUUUACCCUCAAAAUACAAGUUCUUCAAAAACUGA